GUGCACGAUCCCGGAUGCAAAUUUCUAUUCGAGGAGAUGACAAGGCGAACGAUCGUAGACGUGAAGGUGGUCGACACAGAGAAGCGUCGCCUUCCUAGCAAACAUUACAUUUACAAGAUCAGUGUGACGUGGUCAGAAGGCUCAACGUUAGUCAUUUACCGUCGCUACAGCAAAUUCUUCGAACUGCAGGGACGAUACCAAUGCUAACAUAGGAAUACGAUGUUGUGCAAGAAAGAUGCAUGAUGAUCAGAAGAGAUUAAUAAGUGAGAGAAUGUGUGCUCUACUUUUUGAUCAUUUCACACGCACAAAUUAUGAUGGUCAGAAACUGCAAGGCUUAGUCCGUAUCUUCAUUUGUUUUGAAGAUGGCAACAGUUGGCGCUUGCUCUUUCAAGUACCGAUGUCAUGAAAGCUUUAUUGAAUGAUCAACUUAACAGCACGUGGAGUUCCAUCUGAGAGACAACUAAACAAACUAAAUUUCGUAAAUGUUUAAGAUCAUUUGGUGUGUGACGAUUUGGGAGAUCAACGCAAAAGGGUGCUUUUCAGACAAUGACAUCUCAUCUGUAGCAAUUAGCAACAUGAGCUGUUGGACAGGAAGUUGGAAAGGGGGAGGUUGGUAAUGGGAAAGUAUUUGAAACCAUGUUUGGUAGAUGACCUUUGCACACAUUAGAUUAUGUGGAAAUGUUCUAUUUCAGACUAGAACGCAACUCCCCCUCGAAUGUGAGGGUGUGUGAGGAGGAGUAUAUAAGAGCAAACUCACCAGCUCACUUCAUCAGUAUCGAGGAUAUCGGUCAUCAUCAUGUUUUCAUUUUUUGUGACAGUUCUUGUGCUCAUUCAAGUCAUUGCUACUUGUGGUGGUCAAAGCGUGUCAGAUGAGAGAAAUCAGCAGACAUGUGUGUCUGCUGGUGUACCUGGAGUACCUGGAUCACCUGGAGUUAAUGGAUCACCUGGACGAGAUGGAAUGAAAGGAGAAAAGGGGAUGAAUGGAGAGAAAGGAUUAGUUGGAGAUGGUGGUGCACAAGGAAUGAAAGGAGAAGAAGGAAGGAAAGGAGAGAAAGGAAUAAAGGGAGAGAGAGGAUUAGUUGGAGAUGUCGGUGGUAAAGGUAAUGCUGGGAAGAUAGGUCCACAAGGUCCAGGAGGGAUAAAAGGAGAAACAGGAAGGAAAGGAGAGAAAGGAGAAGCUAUGACACUCAACUGGAAACAGUGUGUGUGGUAUAGAAAUGAUGAUAAGGACAGCGGUCUAAUUCAGAACUGUAAUUUUAGGAAACAUGACAGCAAUUCAGCUCUACAUGUUGCAUAUGCAGGAAAUCUCAUGGUUGGAUGCUCCAGUGGUGAUUGCUGUUCUCGAUGGUAUUUUACAUUCAACGGUAACGAGUGCAGUGGACCUAUGACUAUUGAGGGAAUUGUGUAUGGUAGACCAGCUAAUGAUGAUCCUCACCGUCCCAGACAGAUUGAGGGAUACUGUGAGAACAUUCCAGCAGGUCAAGUCACAAUUGGAUUCAACAUUGGAAACUGUAACAAAUAUACAUCAACAACGUAUAAUGGCUAUACAGGAUGGGCAUCAGUAUCUCGCAUUAUGAUUGCAGAAGUUCCUCCAUCACAAAAGUGACUGAAUUAGAGAGAAAUUAGAACUUGUGUUCAGUAUAGUUUGCAGUACGUACAGUACGAGGUAGCUGAAGUAGGAGGCUGGAUGGUGUGUGUGCAUGUCUCUCUUUGCCGUAUGAGUCUUUGUAUGAUUAAUUCAACGUGUAGCUGCGACUAACAAUCGAUAUCGUC